AUGAUACCGCAAUCAUUCUAUAUAUUGAGGGAUGUGCUACAAGGUGUGAUACUGUUGUUCUUCGGUGUACUUCUAGCUCAAUGGCUUCUCAGUUUCGUAAUAUCAACGAUUCUCGAACGAACAGACUGCCCCAUUAAGAGGUUCUCUUUUGGAUUUUUCGGACCCUCCAUUAGAAAUGUUAUGGUAUCGACAGCAUCCCUAAGAGUGAAGAUAGGCAAAAUCUCCAUCAAAUUUGGUAAGAAAGGAAUUAUAACCUUCAGUAAUGUGGAAGUGGUUUUGAUGAACAACUCGCCGCAAAAAACUGAUAAUUCAAAGAAUAUGACGCCAGUUGCAGAUGAGUUAUUUGAGUCUGAUCAACUGAGUUUUUUGCUGAACAAGCGUAUUUUAUGGAUCCUGGAUUGCAUCUUUCCACUAUACUGUUACGUUCAAAACUUGUUGAUAUCCUCGCCAGAUGGCUCAAUUAUUAAGAUGGACUUGGGGUCCGUAGCUAUCACAAAACUCUCAGCUGAAAAGGUGAGAGCCGAAAUAUUCCUGCAUGCAAUCACAAACAUCACAGACGGUGAUUCUAUUCAUCAUAUCGGCUAUCAAUUAAAAUGCCAAGUCUCGCGAAAACAAGAGUUGAAGACUAGCAAAGUAAGGAUUUCGUUUCGCGAGUGGUCAUCAUUUCUGCGGGUCAGUGGGCUGCACUUACACCUAUCCAACCUGACACGUAAACAACAGAAUACCGAAUCAAAUGUCCUUAAAAAGUCACCCAAUUACGAUGAGCUCAUAGGACACUUGGAAGAUAAGAUGCACCGCCUCUUCGUCAAAUACAAGGCCCCAUUAAUAGCUCUAAAGAUUCUUGAUUUUAAAGUGGAAAAUCUUAUACUAUCAUUCAACCAUUUCGUUCACGUCAAAAUGUCUAGCGCUCAGAUCCGUUUGGAAUGCGUGAACAUUUUUAGUUACGGCGUCAACUUGGAAUUUUUCCCAUCGAAUAAGCUCAUGCUCAAGGAUCAUGAAAUAACCUUUUCGGCAAACUCAGUUGUGGUCGAUGUCAACGAGAUCUCAGCGAUAAGAAUCCCCCUAAUCAAUCACAUUAUCACCACUGAUGUGAUUUCAUUUCUAUUAGAGGGAAUCCCAAUAGCGAAAGCCAAAAUUUCCCACAUUGUCAAUAUAAUAAAUCCUUCUAUUGUGGCAUCGAUUGAUCAGGUAAUCAGCGGCCUUCAUUUACUCAAAAAAUACAGGAAAGUAGUGUAUUCCAGUCGUUCCGAUGAUGACGAAGCUGGGGUAGACAAAAUUUCUAAUUUCCUGCUAAGUGGCCUCCAAUUAUUGCCUAGCUUCAUCUUUCAAAUUAUUAUGUCCAACUUCAGUGCUACAUUGAAACUCACCGAUGAGGAGAACCUGACAUUCAAGGUUUACAACCUCCACUCAUUCCUGUAUCAUAAGAACAAGACUGCCAAUUGGCCGUCAGUGUCAGCCUACAGUGAGGUAUCAGUACGGCCAGAGCUUUCAUUUAUCGAAAGGGAUCCCUUCAGUGAGCAGUUAUCAAAUUACCUCAAGGUUGUUGGAACAAGCUUGGUUUUUCUAAAGUUGCCAAACUCACAUGAUGGUUCCAUGACUACAGUUCCUAUCUUCGGUUUCGAAAGAUGUGACACUUCACUUGACGAUAUAUCAGCGCCCAAAUUAAUUGUGCAUAGUACAUUAAGGCAUUGCACUUUGACAUUUGAUAACCUUGCUGUUUUGCGACUGUUGCAUUCGGCGCUGGAUAGUAUCUUAAGCGCUUUCCUCGAGAAUGAAGUUGCACAUGCAACGAGCAAUGUUUUGUCGCGUACAGUAGAAAAGGAAACCGUAUAUAAGGGAGUCGAAUGGACGUUGAACCUUAGAAUGAAAGAUCUAUCGUGCUCUAUGCUUGUUGCAGGGUACCUCCCCGAGUCUUUGGAUCCGUUUGCUGCGACAGGAGUCAAUUUGACGAAUGUUGGGCGAGGUAUGAUUUUGGUACUACAUGAAUCUUUCAUCACAGCUAACCGACGCGAGAGGUCAUUAAAGGUCUCGACUGCUGACAUGAUUCGGAUUAUGGAUUUCGAGUCGGGUCAGACCGUGACCGAAACGCUGGUAACUCUACAAAACCUUCAAAUGAAAUCUACAAUAAAUGGCGAGGUGCAUUUACAACUUCCUAGUGUUCGCUUCAAAAUUGAUGUUAAUUUAAUUUGGCUCCUCUUUUUCUCCAAAAGUGUUUAUCGCAAAUAUUCAUCGUUUGAGCAUGAGAGAGCCACUAAAGAUGUAUGCCACUCUCAACGUACAACGCCCAAACUGAAUGUGACUCUUCAAAAGUUGAUCUUGGAGAUCAAGCUUCCGCAAGAUACUCCGAUAUUACUAUCAUUUUCUGAUAUUCGAUAUACUGACAAUGAGAGGCUUCUGCAAGCUGCCUCGAUAUCAGCAUUUGUUCAAUCGAUUUAUGUGAAGCAAGUACCGGUACAAGUGUCGUUAAUAAAAAUCAAGCGGUUCGAAGUAGAUUUACAAGAAGCUCUGAAGACCAAGAACAUUAAAAUUAAUGCCUCAUCAAUACGCCUUCACACAGAGUAUCAUUUCAGAUUCUAUAUGGUGGUGGAUAAUCUGAUCACAAUGUUCAAAUCCUUCAAACAAAUUAAGCUUGCGUUCUCUGAUCUUCGAGAGUUCCAAAGACUAUAUCCCUCUGAGCAACAUCCCAAACUGCCUCCUAACAUCGACCUCUCUGUAGACAAACUGUUGGUAAAUGUGGAGGAAGAUCCUUUCGAGCAAGAGCUAGGUUUGAUACUAAAAAUUGGGGUCCUUGAGCAAAGAGAAAGGUUACAGAAACUACAAGAGUUUGAGGAGCAGAAACUCCAGCCUCGGGGAUCUAAUGAUAACCCCACCUCCCCGUUCCAUAUUUCGAGGAGAUCUGCUUCUCCCAAUGCUAUUCAGAUUGGCCCUAUUUCGGAGUACAAAGCCAAGCAAGAACUUUUAAAAAAUUUCUCGACGUCCUGGAUAGCUAGAUAUCGGAAGGCCAAGUUAACAUUCCAAGGCAUGCCCUACCAUAUCUUCAAGCGUGACGAAUUGGGUAAAGAUUUUUACUUCUAUUCGGCUCAGGAAACUAGUUCAGUGGCGAAGCUGGUCAUCAAUAAAUUGAACUUGAAAAUUGGCGCACCAUCCUUCCCGUCUAGUAAUGUUCCCAGCUUUAUUCGUAAGUACGGUAAAGGUGUCCCAAUGGAAAGAACUUAUACUUUACUCAUUUUAUUAGGAAUCGAUAUUAAGACCAGUUUAUGGGAACUCAGAUUGCGUGAUUACCCAUUGCCAGCAAUAUCUUUCCCCGAUACCCAUACCACCGGUGAUGUUGUCUUUGCUGAGAAGAUGCCUGACAAAUGCUCGCUAAGAAGUAUUUACGUUCCGUUUGUUCCCUCUGCUUCGACAGAACGGUAUAGCGGAAUGAAUUCAAUCUAUGGAUCGCACAUUAUCCGUACGCUCAAUUCUGUCAAAACGUAUUUUAGGAUAAACACAUCUGUGAGCUCAUCUAUCCCAGCUUCAAUCACUUGGGGUAAGUCCCUGCAGCCUGGGUAUUCCUCCCUUAUGCUUUGGUUUGACUAUUUAACAAGACCACAGGACGAUCCCUCUCCAAAGCUUGGUUUUUGGGACAAGUUUAGAUAUCUGGUUCAUGGUGCAUGGACUUAUGAGAUCUCAAAGACUAGCGAAUUUCAUUUGAACAUCAAAGGCUCAGACAAUCCUUAUAAAAUCGCCGAUGAUGGAGCUGGUCUAUCGUUUUGCUGGCUGGGGGGGACCGUCAUCCGCAUACAUGGAACCGAGGAUCCUAAAGAGUUUCUCAAAAUCGAAUCUGAAAAGUUUCAGCUGGCUGUUCGUGACUUCACCGCAAGUAAUAAAUUCGAUAAAAUUCUGAUGAAACUGGAAGGUCAUGUCAUUUGGAAACUGGGGCUUUUAUUUGAACAGGGCGAUCUUCAUAAGGCCGGCGAAGAAGAGAGAUCUGCUCCUUCUCGGCCGCAUUACGAUAUUGAGCUUGUCCAUCCUAGCUUUGUCUCUGGUAUCGAAAAUUAUGACUCCUAUAGAGGCUUCCGGAGUGACUUUAUUCACAUGUCCAUUGGUGUUUACUCGUCGGGAAAGAAAUCUAAUAAUAGCCUGCAUCUGGCACCGUACACUGUUCACCACUUUUUGAAAUGGUGGAAUUUAUUUCACACAUAUACUUCAGGUCCCAUCAGACAAGGCCCCUUGUUUACUGAUCUUGUGCAGAACGCAAGCAAAUUUGGAAGGUCACUCUUCACCAUCAAAUAUCAGCUCCAUCUUGAGCCAUUAACUUUUACACAUGUUUACAGAAACUAUACGGAUUUUGGCGAUAGUGCUAACGUAUCUUUUACUGGGUUGAAAGGUAAGUUACACUCCCUAAGAAUCGAUCUUCAUCAGAAAAGAGUGAAACUCACACAUACCGAUGAGAAGUUGAAGAGGUCGAAACCUGUCUGGAAAUUUAAGAUGUCGUCAGGUGAGAUUGACUGCGCGGAAGCCGACAUAAGAAUCCUCACGACGACUUUUAUUCAAUCCCAUGUUGAAGAAAUGGUAGUAUCGCGCUUUGGAAUCCACCAUAGUAAUAAUGUCAUACCCAUCUCGUCUGCUGGUAUGAAGCAGAUGAAAGAAUCUGAGUGGUAUGAUUUUGAAGACUAUGUCGACCUAGAUCAAGUGUCUUUGAAGUCGUCAGUUCUGCUAAAACUUGAGGCACUCCCGUUGUUAUACUCCCCUCGGAUAUCCUACUUCAGAAAGAUCAAUGACGACGGAUACAGCGUGCCUUAUCCAUUUGGCGACGAAGCAUCCCAUAAUUGUAUGAUAGGGAAAAACCAUCCUGAGCGAACUCAGGAAAGACUUGCAAAGCACAGAGCAGUUGAAAUCGAAAAAGACAUUAAGGAACUAACUGAAACUCUAGAGAAGUCAAAGCUUACUGAUGGGUCAUUCAGGGACGAAGAAGCGGUUAAAAGAGUCCCCGAAUUCGAUAACCUACUUCAUAAAUUGAAGCAUCGGCUCCACAUUGUCCAUCUUAUAUUGAAUGACCUGAAACUGUCCGAAAGAGUUCCGAGUAUCUACUCAUUUGAUGAUUGUGAAAGCUCCAUCUCAAACAGUGAUCUUGACCUAACUGAGGCUGACAUCCAUGACACAGACUCUGCUCUUUUGCGGACCAACACGAUUCAAUCCUUUAGAUCUAUGCGUCAAGCAUCAACUCUGAAAGACGAAUCCAGCUACGAUAAUAGGUUUAUCGUGCAUAAUAGUCAGCUCAAGAUUAACAAGACAUUGAGGCAUCACCUUUUCGAGUACGCUUCUAAUGCAUUUGAAAGAAAAUCGAUGCACUUCUUUCUGACUUACAAGUCGGUCACCAUAUUGAAGGAUCUGUUAAGCUCAACGUUUUCAGACGUUCAAACGCAAGUGGGUGAUCAUGAGUCCUUGAAAGGUGACGCCAUCUCCGUUGCCGAAUUCACCGAGCGGUUCGAAACCUUGAUAAGAGAAGUGCCAAGCGAUGACUUUGACUUUUUCGACAGCUGCCUGUUCCGUCUGAUCUCACCACAGCUGCAAUUCGUUUCAGACGUUGAGCCCGAUACCGCUGUUAUCUUGGCAGCUAGAGACAUAGAGGUCGGUAUUAUUGACAUUCUACAGAUAAUCAGCAAAUCAGGGAAGCGAGUACCCAUGGAUGUUGAUACAGUUGUCGAGAGCAGAUAUUGCGCUGUGUCGAAGGACGUACAACUCUUUGCACUGUAUAAGGACAAUAUAAUGUCCAGUAGAGGUAACGGUUUCCACAGAAAUGGCUAUGGAAUGGAAGAAGGUAGCGAACUAUGGCCUCCUUGGCUUCCAAUGGAAAUGUGCUAUGACGGUUCACUCCUGGAGGACGACGUCUUUUUAAGAAGAAGAUCAAUGUUUCUCACAUAUACAGCGCCAAAUCCAUUGUUUUUUAGUGACAUGGAUACGGCGGGCUUCUCCCAUGACGCAAAAUUCCGGAUUGGGUUUCCUGGGCUCAUUCUCACCUCUACAUCCAAGCAAUAUUGUUCAUUUUACAAUAUUACUCGCGACCUGCUGACAUUCGGUACCUCUUUAGAUGAAAAGGUAGAGAAAUUAGCGAAAGUCUUGUUAGCGGACGAAGUGAGGAAUAACCUAGAAAGGCUCGAUGUUAGUGUUGUUACGAGACUACAACGUAAAGUCAAGGAACAAUACUAUACUCGGGAAUUCUUAAAAGUGCAUGACAAUCUGCUUUUCCGUAAAACAGAGCAAGAACUAACUUUUGAGAUUCAAGCGACUAUGCUUGAAUUAUCCAUUUUAAUGAACGCAAUAAAGAAAAAUUACGAUCGUAUUGUGAGUGGUAGCAGGUCUACACAGAAGAGACUUAACUGGCAGGUUGGUACAGGUGAACUUAUAUGGGAACUUUAUGAUGAUGUAAGGAAUCCCUUUAUCACUAUCGGGCUUGGCCCUUCAAGCUUCAUUCGAUCUCAAACUUUUGAUGGAUCAAAUAGCAACGUUGUGACCAUAUCUUCGUUGCAAUGUUUCAACCAACAAGAGUCACCAGUUUAUUUAGAGCUACUAUCGCCGGAUGAGAAGCACGUCCAGUAUAGUACAGAGGCUCCUAUGAUUGAAUUGUUUUGGAAGUUGGGACCUCCAGUUGGGGGCAUUCCGGAGUUAACAGAGAUGAUUGUGAGUCUGCAGCCUAUCUUGUUUAAGAUGGAUCAUUUGACAUCAGACAAAAUUAUGAGCUAUUUGUUACCCAAAAACGGAAAGAUCAAAAGUUUAGCUAAUCAGGUAUCAACUAUCCCUGCCAGGCAGCCAUCAAUUGGAAUAGCAUUGAGUUCCGCCGAUAUGAGUAGAAGGUCUUCCGAGAGCAGUAUCGGAUCUGCAAAGUCGAGCUCUGACUUGGAUACCAUUUUCGACACAAAAAGUACUUUAUCGGUGCUCAGCUCAACAGCCCGAAAGAAGAGAACACCUAAGCUAACAACCACCAUUCUCAGCCAGCCGGAUCAAAAUAUCAAUGAGAUGGUCAAGAGAUCUAGCACAUACUUCAACCUUAGAAAUGUGUUGAUCAAAAAGACAACAAUGUCCGUCUGCUAUAAGGGCGCCCAUCAUGUUCUGACUGACGUGAACAAUUUGGUUGUUAAAGUACCGAAUCUCGAAUACCAUCAAAAAUUGUGGUCAAGAGAUGAGUUUCUUGCGGCUUUGAAGAAAGAUAUCACUAAGGUUGUGGUUCAGCAUUUGGGCCAAAUUAUUGGUAACAAACUGGUCCCCCAUAAGAAGGAAAAUCGAUUAAAGGCUUCUAUGGAUAUAUCGCAUCUAUUGAAAUCAGAUUCAAAUGGCUUACAAUCCACAACUAGUUCGAUUCACCGGAAAAAAUCUCAAUAUUCGUUCAUGUCGUCCAACUUCAGCGUUAAUUCGCCAUCGGAUGAUGCUGACGAAGAUGUUCAGCCUUUUUUCCCAGAGACAGGUCGGACUUAG